GCGGUUGUAUCUUGCGAUCGAAACUGUAUCGAAAGUAACGAAAUAUUCACCCAAAGAUACUAAAUUCGAGCAGUGGCAUAUAUGCUCAGUUACCACUGAAUUUUUUGUGAAACAAAUAGCCCUAAUUAAAUUAUUUAAAGUGUGCAUUUAUCUAAGUGUAUAAUUAAACAUAUACACAGUUUACUGUUUAUUCGCCGGCUGAUUAUGACCAUUAAGCAAAUAAAUGCGGAGUCAAUAGCAAACUAACCAGAUAGCUAAUUGCAUUGGGCAGUGAAAGAAAUAAAUGAGCAUUUACUCAUUAAUUACAACAAAAAUAAAAAAACGCAUUUAAAUCCAUCAGAAAAGUCAUUAAUUUUUGUGUGCUUAGAUUGCAAUGAAGCCCAGAAGACCCUGAAGAUGUACUGCACUACAUAAGACAGCAGCAGUCGAACUAAAGUACAAGGCUUGAGGGAUAUUGUAUCCCCAUUAGGAUACUCAACGAAAACCAAAAACAGAAAAAGUGUUUCGGCCAUGGACUUAAUCGAGCAGGAGCCCCGCCUGGAAUUCUUGCCCGGCGCCGAGGAGGAAGCUGAAUUUGAGCGCCUGUAUGCGGCCCCCGCUGAGAUUGUGGCCCUGUUGUCCAUUUUCUAUGGCGGAAUCAGCAUCGUGGCUGUCAUUGGCAACACUCUGGUCAUUUGGGUGGUGGCCACGACCAGGCAGAUGCGGACUGUGACCAAUAUGUAUAUCGCUAAUUUGGCUUUUGCCGAUGUGAUCAUUGGCCUCUUCUGCAUACCAUUUCAGUUCCAGGCUGCCCUGCUGCAGAGUUGGAACCUGCCGUGGUUCAUGUGCAGCUUCUGCCCCUUCGUCCAGGCACUGAGUGUGAAUGUCUCUGUAUUCACGCUGACCGCCAUUGCAAUCGAUCGGCAUAGGGCCAUCAUUAAUCCACUUAGGGCACGUCCCACCAAGUUCGUAUCGAAGUUCAUAAUUGGAGGAAUUUGGAUGCUGGCCCUGCUGUUUGCGGUGCCCUUUGCCAUUGCCUUUCGGGUUGAGGAGUUGACCGAAAGGUUUCGCGAGAACAAUGAGACCUACAAUGUGACGCGCCCAUUCUGCAUGAACAAGAACCUUUCGGAUGAUCAACUGCAAUCCUUUCGCUACACCCUGGUUUUUGUGCAGUAUCUGGUUCCAUUCUGUGUCAUCAGCUUCGUCUACAUCCAGAUGGCAGUUCGUUUGUGGGGCACACGUGCGCCUGGAAACGCACAGGAUUCACGGGACAUCACGCUGCUGAAAAACAAGAAGAAGGUCAUCAAAAUGCUAAUUAUCGUGGUCGUUAUCUUUGGACUCUGCUGGCUGCCACUGCAGCUCUAUAAUAUACUGUAUGUCACGAUACCGGAAAUCAACGACUACCACUUCAUUAGCAUCGUCUGGUUCUGCUGCGACUGGCUGGCCAUGAGCAAUAGUUGCUACAAUCCCUUUAUUUAUGGCAUCUACAACGAAAAGUUCAAGCGGGAAUUCAACAAACGCUUCGCGGCCUGUUUCUGCAAGUUCAAGACGAGCAUGGACGCCCACGAAAGGACCUUCUCGAUGCACACCCGCGCCAGCUCCAUCAGGUCGACCUAUGCCAACUCCUCGAUGCGCAUCCGGAGUAAUCUCUUUGGCCCGGCGCGGGGUGGUGUUAACAAUGGAAAGCCGGGUUUGCAUAUGCCGCGGGUGCAUGGCGCCGGUUCUAACAGCGCAGCUUACAACGGAAGUAGUGGGCAGAACAACAAUGUCAGCAGUGGUCAUCAUCAUCAUCAGCAGCAGCAGCAGCAGCAGCAUCAUCAGCAUCAAAGCGUGGUCACCUUCGCUGCCACUCCAGGUGUUUCGGCGCCAGGUGUGGGCGUCGCCAUGGCCCCUUGGCGCCGGAACAAUUUUAAACCUCUGCAUCCGAACGUAAUCGAAUGCGAGGACGACAUGGCACUCAUGGAGCUGCCCUCGACCACGCCCCCCAGCGAGGAGAUGGCAUCCGGCGGCGGUGUCCACUUGGCGCUGCUAAGCAGGGAGAGCUCCAGCUGCAUUUGCGAGCAGGAGUUUGGCAGCCAAACCGAGUGCGAUGGCACCUGCAUACUCAGCGAGGUGUCGCGAGUCCACCUGCCGCCCGCUUCCCAUGGGAAGGUGAAGGAGAGGGAGAGGGAGCAGGAGAUGGCGAAGGAUGCGGGCAAGUCCUUGUGGCAGCCACUUUAAUUUCAACUAGAGUGAUUUAAGUUAUAGCCGUGUUCCAAUGGCACAUUCCGCAGCCAUGCGGUUGCAUAUAAGUACGCAUUUUUAUUUGUGGUGCAUGGGGUGAAAUGGCAUUCCAGUUAGAACGCUAUCAUAGCUCAUUAAUCGCCGCAACUUGUGGCACUUGUGUGUGUGUAUUAAUGUUUUAGUGACAGACUAUUAUUAAGGUCAAGCUACUAAACUAACAUGUUGUAUUUUAGGCGUUAGUAAAACCGCUUUACAGUGCAUAGAUUCCCGCAACUAAAUGUGCCAGUGGAACAUGGCCAUUUACCUCUGUGAUUUCGUCUUAAUGAAUUGUGAUUACAAGUCCCAUUGCUGAUAAUUGUUGCGCAGAUGGAUACGAGUAUAUUGAAUGAGUGUGAAUGCUGGUCGUGAGCCGUGUACAGUAUUAUAAUCCUACAAGCACGAAGUCCAAACGUAAAUAAAUAAAUAAUGUAAAUAAUUGAUUCUUUAAAGACCUUAUUAUCAAGCCAAAACUCACCAAAUCAAAUGUAUUAAUAGCAGAACGAAAAAAUAAAUCAAUUUAAAUUUAGCACCUGAAAUCAAUUAAGUAGUUUUAAAUUAAAUUAUUUAAAUAGUAUUUUAACAACAAUCCGAUUACGUAUUAAAUCCUACACAAGCACACAGCUGGAUGUACGCAAAUGUAAUGUACAAUAUUUGUCAUUAAAAAACAGAAAGGCUAAUUAAUGUAAUUAUUAUUGUAUUAAAUUACCAAACGAAAACGAAUAAACAUUUCGAGUCAUUAAGCAAACAAA